ACCUAAUAGAAUGUGGAGCGGAGCCCCGGCCCGUUGGGUUAACAAGGAUUCAAAGACCCAAGUAUUAAGCGGAUCCGGAGAAAAUCUAAUAUCUUAUCCUACUUAGGGACACGUGUCAAUCAAACAGACGGAUUUCCCACCCGUCAUUUUUUCUACCGUUUGUUGACAACAAACACCGAGCGUUACUACUUACUACGCCGUAGUCCAAUCCACUGAAACGAUGUCGUAUCCACCCCCCAUACGUACACAAGUAUCUCUUACUAGCCACUGAGAAGUGGAUUGAACCAAAGACAGGCACACAGAGCAAAGAGAGAUGCUGAGAAUUGGCGGGAAACGAGGAGGAGGAGGAGUGGGGCAGCUACUGGCGGCGGUUGCGGCGGCUCUGCUGCUCCGCCUCUUCUCUGCACCGGGCCCGGAGUUGCUGCCGGAGAGCCUGCCCGAGGAUGAGGAAGAAAAGGACGACGUUCCGGUGAAAGGGAAAGUUGCGCCGGUCACUAUUAAAUGGACCAACAUUAAUUGUUCGCUUUCGGAUAAAUCAUCCAAAUCGGUCCGGUUUUUGCUGAAAAAUGUUAGUGGAGAAGCGAAACCUGGCAGAUUACUUGCAAUAAUGGGUCCAUCUGGAUCAGGGAAGACUACCUUGCUAAAUGUUUUGGCAGGUCAGAUAGUGGCAUCACCUCGGUUACAUUUGUCUGGCCUUUUGGAGGUCAAUGGACGACCAUUCUCGAAUAAAGCUUACAAGUCUGCUUUUGUUAGGCAGGAGGAUCUUUUUUUCUCACAGUUGACUGUUCGAGAAACACUCUCUCUUGCUGCUGAACUCCAGCUGCAGGAUAUAUCUUCGGUGGAAGAGAGAGAUGAAUAUGUAAAUGAUCUCUUGUUCAAACUUGGCCUGGUCAGUUGUGCUGAUUCACGUGUCGGGGAUGCAAAAGUUCGUGGGAUAAGUGGUGGUGAAAAGAAAAGAUUGUCACUAGCAUGCGAGCUGAUUGCUAGUCCAUCUGUCAUUUUUGCUGAUGAACCUACAACAGGACUUGAUGCCUUCCAGGCUGAGAAAGUUAUGGAAACACUACGGCAACUUGCGCAGGAUGGCCAUACUGUCAUUUGCUCUAUACACCAGCCUCGAGGAUCAGUAUAUGCAAAAUUUGAUGACAUUGUGCUGCUUACAGAAGGCACACUUGUUUAUGCUGGUCCUGCACGUGAUGAAUCACUUGCUUACUUCUCAAAAUUCGGGUAUAUUUGCCCUGAUCAUGUGAAUCCUGCAGAGUUCUUGGCGGAUCUCAUUUCAGUAGACUAUAGUUCUGCUGAGAGUGUCAAUGCUUCCCAGAAAAGAAUAGAUGCUCUUGUUGAGUCAUUUGCUGAUCAGAUGUCUUCAACUCUAUAUGCAACUUCACUCACCAGGCUGGAUCCUAAGGAUGGCACAAACCUAAGGAAGAAAGCUAGUACCAAAAAUAAAGGUCAUUGGUGGAGACAGUUUUGUCUACUUCUUAAACGUGCUUGGAUGCAGGCUUCUCGUGAUGGUCCCACAAAUAAAGUUCGAGCAAGGAUGUCCAUAGCAUCAGCUCUUAUAUUUGGUUCUGUCUUCUGGAGGAUGGGAAGAUCACAGACAUCCAUACAAGAUAGAAUGGGAUUGCUUCAGGUUGCUGCUAUAAACACUGCAAUGGCUGCACUCACAAAGACUGUAGGUGUUUUUCCUAAGGAACGAGCAAUUGUCGAUAGAGAGAGAGCCAAAGGGUCCUAUUCAUUAGGACCAUAUUUACUCUCUAAAUUGUUAGCUGAGAUCCCUGUUGGAGCAGCAUUCCCAUUGCUCUUUGGUACCAUUUUAUAUCCCAUGACUCGUCUUCAUCCGACAAUGUCAAGAUUUGGGAAAUUCUGUGGAAUAGUAACAACUGAAUCCUUUGCUGCAUCGGCGAUGGGCCUAACUGUUGGGGCUAUGGUUCCAACCACUGAAGCAGCUUUGGCUUUAGGUCCAUCACUUAUGACAGUUUUCAUUGUAUUUGGAGGCUACUACGUUAAUGCAGAGAACACACCAAUCAUCUUUCGAUGGAUUCCUCGUGUUUCUCUCAUCAGAUGGGCAUUUCAAGGGCUCUGCAUCAACGAAUUCAGUGGCCUUGAGUUUGAUCAUCAGAACUCGUUUGACAUUCAGUCUGGUGAACAAGCACUCGAACGACUCUCCUUCAGAGGCAGUCGGAUCAGAGACACAGUGAUAGCUCAGAGUAGGAUACUACUAUUUUGGUAUUACACCACUUACCUUCUCCUGGAGAAAAACAAACCCAAGUACCAGCAACUUGAGCCGCCUCCUUGUGAUGAAAUUCAAACACCAGUAAAGCUUGAGCCUCUUGAAAGUGAUCCCGAUGAACCAUACCAGCCACCCGAACCUCCCAUUUCUGACCAAGGUAAACCCAACCAGCCACUUCAAUCUCCUCCCCCUGAACCACUUAAUCUCUUUACCUUAGAGGGCUUGUAAUUGCUUGGGCUGUCGAUGAUCUUAAUACGAGAUGUGCCACUUGCUAUUAUUUAUCUCAUACAGGUGCUAAUUCGGAGGAGGUAACUGUCCCAUAAAGAAGUCAUACAACUUACAGAGCUAAUGAACUAUUUUAGGAGAACAUAAUGAUAGUGAAAUUCUUAGCACUGGUGCUUGUGUAUUCAGAAUACUCAUCGAAGCUUAGGCACUUCACCUCCGAUGGAUUGCCUUGUUAUCGAGUCAUUAAAAAUGUUGGUAAAUACAUACAUUUUUGUGUUUGUCUUA